GCCGCCGUCCGCGCCGCAAGUCAAGGUACUCGCCAUCUUCACUUACAUACAACUCCAAGCCAGCUCUUGAUAACCUAUAACGUGGCAUUUUUUCUCUUUCUGUUUCUCCUCUCAAAUCUUCCUUGAUACCCCUUUCACGAAUAUCACGACCAUGGCUCAAGACCCAAGAGCUCUUCUCCAAAAGGUUUCGUAACCCCUCCCCCGCUUUGCAUUGGUUGUUUCCUUUCAGCUGUGCUGACACAUCGCAACUUUCAGGCUCAGAAGCAGCUUCAGAGUGCCGGUGGUGGUUUCAGCUUCUUUGGUGGACGAGAGGAGAAGUAUCAAGAGGCCGCUGAUCUCUUCACUCAAGCCGCCAAUGCCUUCAAGAUGCAGCAGCAGAACCUUGAAGCCGGAAAGGCUUUUGAACAGGCCGCACAAGUUCAAACCGACAAGUUGAAGGAACCCGAUGACGCUGCCAACACCCUCGUCGAUGCCUUCAAGGCCUACCGCAAAGACGAUCCCCAGGCUGCUGCGCGAUGCCUUAACAUCGCUGUCGACCGAUACUGCGCCAAGGGUAAUUUCCGCCGCGCAGCUUCCCACAAGGAAAACCUCGGCGAGUUGUACGAGGUGGAACUUGGCGAUGCCAAGAGCGCUAUCGAAUGCUAUGAACUCGCUGCUACCUGGUAUGAGGGCGAUAAUGCGGCAGCUCUUGCCAAUAAGCUAUGGCUCAAGGUCGCCGACGUGGCUGCUAUCGAGGGCGACUACUACAAGGCCAUCGAGAAAUACGAGAGAGUGGCUGAGCAAUCAAUCAACAACAACCUCAUGAAGUACAGCGUCAAGGACUACCUACUCAAGGCAGGUAUAUGCCAUCUAGCCAGUGGCGAUCUGGUCGCCGCUCAGCGCGCCCUGGAGAAGUACCGCGACAUGGAUCCCUCAUUUGGCGCACAGCGAGAGCAUCAGCUCUUGACUGAUCUGUGCGAGGCCAUCGAGGCCAAGAGCCAGGAGCAGUUUACCGACAGACUGUACCAGUUCGACCAGAUCAGCAAGUUGGAUAAGUGGAAGACGACGAUCUUGGUGCGAGUCAAAAACCAGAUUGAGGAGGAAGAGGAUGAAGAGUUUGCGUAA